AUCCAGUCUUAAUAACCUCAUUUCCAACAUGGGGAAUAUGUUUGCCAAUCUCUUCAAAGGCCUUUUUGGCAAGAAGGAGAUGCGUAUUCUCAUGGUGGGUCUUGAUGCCGCUGGAAAGACUACUAUUUUGUACAAACUGAAGCUGGGAGAAAUAGUAACAACAAUUCCAACUAUAGGCUUUAAUGUUGAAACAGUAGAAUACAAGAACAUCAGUUUCACAGUGUGGGAUGUUGGUGGUCAGGACAAGAUUAGACCUCUGUGGCGUCACUACUUCCAAAACACACAAGGUUUGAUCUUUGUGGUGGACAGUAAUGACCGCGAGCGAGUGAAUGAGGCCAGGGAAGAGCUUAUGAGAAUGUUAGCAGAAGAUGAACUCCGUGAUGCCGUCUUACUAGUAUUUGCUAACAAACAGGACUUGCCCAACGCCAUGAAUGCAGCAGAAAUCACAGACAAGUUAGGCCUGCAUUCCCUUCGCCAUAGGAACUGGUACAUCCAGGCUACAUGUGCUACUAGUGGAGACGGGCUUUAUGAAGGACUCGACUGGUUGUCCAAUCAGCUCCGAAACCAGAAAUGAAGCCUGUGUCCCUAUUGGUUGAUUUGUUCCCCCUCCCGUUCAUGCCUUCCUUCUACCUCCUCCCCCCCUAUGCUUUUCUCUGAUGUGGCAGUCUGUGCUACUUUACGGUAUCGAGUGCCGGAAUCAGUCCAUUUUCUCCUCCCCCCACAAUACGUAUUGCACCACGCUGUAAACGUAGCAGAGAAGAGUCUGCAAACAGUUCGGUGUCUUAUUUAAUGUAAAUAGUUUGUUUCCGAUGAGGCAGUUUUCUGGUACUCCUAUGCAAUACUACCCUCCAUUUUUUUUUUUUUUUAACUUCUCAAAAUCACCACU